AUGGCUACUCUUAUCAUGACAUGUUGGGCUAUCUGGAAAGCUAGGAACGAUAUGGUUUGGAAGCAGCUGCAACCUUCGGUUGAUCGAGUUUUGUCCAUAAGCCAGUCCUGUCUUCAUCAGUGGUUAGAAGCUCAGAAGUAUUUCCAUCCCUCUCAGAUGUUUCAAAGGGGCGUUGCAUACCAGGAGCGUUGGACUAAACCUCACGAUGGAAUGAUGAAGAUCAAUGUUGAUGUGUCUGUUCAUGCAACAGAGAAUAGAUUUGGCUUUGGUUGUGUGGCGAGGGAUAGCAAUGGUCUCUUUCUUGAAGCUCUGUGUGGUCGUAGGAGAGGCAAGGUUUCUGCGGUGUUGGGUGAAGCUCUUAGCAUCAAGGAAGCUCUUAGUUGGAUCCAGAGGAAAGAUUGGGCUAAUGUUAUAGUUGAGUCUGACUGUUUAGUUGUAGUGCAUGCUAUUCAACAUCAGGUUCAGAUGUUUUCACCUUUAGGCCUGAUUAUUUCUGACUGUUGUAGCUUCCUUUCUAGUCUUAAGAAUGUCUCUAUCUUCUUUGUUAAACGAUCCGCGAAUCAGGUGGCUCACUUUUUAGCUACAGCACCUGAAUUCACAACUGAUUGUAUUCUUAAUCAGGAGCAUCUUCCUGCUCUUUGUAAUUCUCUUUUAUUAGCCGAUUUGGCUUAG